GGUGCAGCAGAGUGGGCGGAUGAAGGGCCUCCACCCUGCAGCAGAGCUUCAGCAGCAGCAGAGAGACACGGACGACCCCCAGCUCACCUGAACAGUUCAACCAUGAGGUGGCGCUCUCCUCUUCUUCCUCUCCUCUUCCUCUUCUCCCUCCUCACCCUGUUGGUUGAUGGAGCAGCAGCUUCAGAUUUCAAGAUCUGCGCCUUCAAUGUGCAGAAAUUCAACUACGCGAAAGCAUCAAACUCCAGAGUGCGACACACUCUGACACGGAUCCUGUCUCGCUGUGAUAUCAGUGUCCUGCAGGAGGUGAUGGAUCCUGAUGGUAAAGCCAUCCAAAAGCUGCUGGCAUCUCUCAACAGGCCAACCAACAGGUAUGACAAGUUCAGCUACCGAGCAGUUUCCAGUAAGGCUCUGGGAAACUCUCCCAGCGACAUGCAGCAGUACGUUUUCAUCUACAGGAUGGAGACAGUGAAUGUGACAGAUGAGCAUCAGUACCAGAAGAAGCAGUCGUUCGUCAGAGGGCCGUUCGCCGUUCACUGCCAAAGCAGCAAAAUCGCAAUCAAGAACUUUAUUUUGGUUGCCCUGCACACUGAUCCCGGUCAGGCCGUCAAGGAGAUCGACCGGCUCUACGACGUCUUUGUUGAAGUCAGCAAGAAAUGGGAAAACCAGAAUGUGAUGUUCCUGGGAGAUUUCCACGCCGGCUGUGCCCACAUGGCGCGAGCUGACAAGAAAAAGAUCAGACUGUUCACCAACUCCAGUUUUUCCUGGCUGAUCGGAGACAAAGUGGACACCACCGUCACCGAGGACACCACCUGUGCUUAUGACAGGAUUGUGGUACAUGGGAAAUCCUUCCUGAGGGCCAUCACUCCGUUCUCUGCAAAAGUCUUCAACUAUGUCAAAGAAUUCAAACUCACCAAGGCCAAGGCGCUGGAGUUAAGCAACAACUACCCGCUGGAGGUGAGACUAAAGAACUCUGCCCUUCUCCUUCAGGCCACGCCCCUCCUGAUCCUCCUGAGUGUCUCUGUGAUCAUUCAGUCCUUCCUGUGAUCGUCUGCAUCAGUCUUGAGGUGUAACUGCUCUAAAAGCCUUUUGUCAUCCAGGGAGUCGUCGAUACUUUGAACCACGUUAGAAGAAACUAGAUCCCUCACAGUAAUCAAAGUAACACAGAGUUUCUAAUAGAUGUUUGAGUUUACCUGGAUUAUUGUGUCAUGUGACUAAAGUAAAGCUGACUGAGCCCAUAUCGCAAAAUUUGGUUUCAGUCUGACACCAAGUAAUACAGGGCAAGAUAUUGAUACCAAUACUUUCUUAUUAUUAAAAGCUACUUACAUACUUUUAUAUAGCGGAGAGCAGCGCGUCAUGACUCAUGAGGUGAAUAAUCAGUCCGUUAAAGUAACAGCUAAUGGCGACCAAUUGCAGUUUCGGAAUGUAACAUUAAUUCAUGCCAAAGAUCUGAUUUGACUAAGAUAUUAUUAACUAGGCUACUACCUGAAUAAUCCUCACCUCAGCCUCUUUGACACGGUGCACUGUGCAUGCGCAGCGGUAUGUGGAGAAGCAAAGAGUACACGCACUAAAUGUGUUUAGGCAAAACGUUCACAUCCCAGGUCGUCACAUGCCUGCCCCUCAUUGAAAUGACUGGAGGCUGAGUCACUGUACGGCAGUGUGACAGCAGCUUAAAGGGAAAUUUCGGUUUAUUUCAACCUGUCUCCUAUCGUCCUAAAUUAGUUUCAAGUGACUAGUGACAUAAAAAUAAUAGUUAGCAUGUUAGCCGUUAGCCUAGAUACAGCCGGGGCGCAUAGUAGCGUCAGACCUGUUAAAACGUAAGUGAACGGGCAACCUUCAAGUGCAAAGUUAGUCCACUAAACAAGCUUUUUUUCCACAAAGACCGCCUCAUAUCGUUAGGAUAAAUGUCAGAGAACAUAUAGAAAACCACAUGUAAACGUGUUGUCUUACCUUACCGGUGUGCUGUCAUGUUUGUUUACCAUUUAGCUCUGCUUUCCAAAGCACGGCCAAAAUAUAUCUGGCGAGCUCCAGAUAAAGCCCAGCUGGAUACUACUCCAGGUGGAGGUGUCUCGUCCUCGGUCACAUCCAGACCUUGAAAAUAAGGCUGCAACCGGUCCCAUUCCUUGCAACAGAGGCAUUCCUCUUCUGUGGGCACUGGGGCACAGCAUUCACAGGUACACCACCAAUCUCCAGAGCUACUCAGC